UUUGAAGUACAUGGGAUGCGAUUUCCCUUCCUUCCUUCCUCGAGCAACCAGCAUGACAGCCUGUUUUUAAGGUGAAGAAGACCAUAAGAUUUCCCAUUCAUCCAUUACCACUCAUCUCUCGCUCUUUUCUCAAACCCAUUAUUCAUUCCUUCUCAAAUAUAAAACCCCCAGAAUCUAAAUUUCCUUUUUCCUUUCCCCAAUCUCGAUCUUCAUUUCCCAUUAAUAGGGUUUUGAUUUGAUUGAAGAUCGAGAUUAAGCAGCAGCCGCAGUAGUGGUGGUGGUGGUGGUGAGAAUGUUGCCGUAUCAGACACUGCAGGAGGCAGAAUUAGAAUUAGGAAGAGAAUUAAGUUAUGCAGAGAAAUUAUGGUUUGAUUAUUCAAGGGAUAAAUCAGAUUAUUAUCUGUACUGUCAUACUAUUCUCUUCUUGUUUGUUAUUUUCUCAAUAGUUCCAUUGCCAGUAGUAUUUAUGGAGAUCAAGAAAGCACAUACCAUUCUUAAAUAUAAGAUUCAACCUAAAGUUAAGAUCUCUACUCAAGGGAUUUUUAAAUGUUAUAAAGAUGUUAUGAUCACAUUCUGUCUUGUUGUGGGUCCUCUUCAGCUUGUUUCUUACCCCAGUGUUCAGAUGGUUGGGAUUAGGACAGGAUUGCCAUUGCCAUCAGGUUGGGAAAUGGUUAUGCAAUUAUUGGUGUAUUUCCUAGUUGAGGAUUAUACGAAUUAUUGGAUCCAUAGAUGGUUGCAUUGUAAAUGGGGUUAUGACAAAAUUCAUAGUGUUCAUCAUGAAUAUGCGGCGCCGAUUGGAUUUGCAGCACCUUACGCACAUUGGGCUGAGGUUUUGAUUUUAGGGAUUCCGUCGUUUCUUGGACCUGCUAUGGUUCCUGGUCAUAUGAUCACUUUCUGGUCUUGGAUUAUUUUGCGACAGAUGGAGGCGAUUGAGACGCAUAGUGGGUAUGACUUCCCUUGGACCCCAACAAAAUACAUUCCAUUCUAUGGUGGUGCUGAAUACCAUGAUUACCAUCAUUAUGUCGGUGGACAAAGUCAGAGCAACUUCGCAUCAGUGUUCACUUAUUGUGAUUACAUUUAUGGAACUGAUAAGGGAUACCGGUAUCAGAAACAUUAUCUUGAAAAGUUGAGAGAAGCAGGGAGCGGCGACGUAGAUGGGAUCAACAGCAAGUCUGAGUAGGUUUGUCAAGUCCUUGAAGAUGCAUUUGCAUUUACUUGGAAAUUAGAUGUAGCCGAAUUUGGACUUAAAGAUCGUGGAAACUGCCUGACAACUUUAUCACCAUGCUAGCAAGUCAUCUACUUUGUAAAGCUUUUUAAGAUAUGUUAAUCCUUGCUAUUGUUUGUAUGUUGUAGCUGGAGUCCUUAAAAAAUUAAUGUAACACUCACCAUCCUAAUCAAUUUUCCCAUUCUGUUUUUAUUUUAGUCUCCUUGAGAGGUUGCUUGCUUGGGUUCAAUCUUGUUAGUGCAAUGAGAAGCUGAUUAUGA